CGUAUACGCACAUAUACAAGCUAAAGUAAACCAGUUCUUACACACAAACAAUAUUAAUCUCCAAUACUAAAAAUUCCUCACUUUCCAACAAUGGAAGCUUACUCUUCCUCACCAUCUUCUUCUUCAAAACCCCAAUCAUCACUCCCAUACUACGCGUCGUCGCUCCACUCCGUACGCAAGGCCCCGGCGAAGCCGUGGAAGAAGCCGGUGGCGCCGCUGCCGCCGACGCCGCCGAGGGUGUACAAGGUCGACCCCAUCAACUUCCGCAACCUCGUCCAGCGGCUCACCGCCGCGCCUGAGUUUCAGCUCGCCGCAACGGCCGCCGCCGACAACUCCCCUCGCCGCCUCCAGACUCUGGCUCCUCCGCCGGUCCAAACGACGCCGUUGAUCACUGUCAACAUGAGCAGAAACACCCUGGCCAUGCCUUCGGAGGUUCUCCACCGUCCUUUGCCGGCGAAAGCCAGCAGCUCGUUGUCCAACGUGUACAAGGAGUUCUCCGAAGCAUUUGAUCACAACAACAAGCUGCCUCAGAACAUGAUGAUCAAGGGCUCGGAAACGACGUUGUCUUCGACUACUUUCCUUGGGUUGAACUUGUCGCCUUCUUCUAACUCUCAUAAUUGGUGCUCUUUUCCUCUGUUGAGCCCCGGGACUCUAUCUAGUCUUGAACAGAGUACAGUUCUUCGAAGUUCUUAACUUUUAAAAACGACAGUUAAUUAUAUAUUCACCCUAUGACGCUGAAGCUAGCUGGUGUUUCCUUGGAAAUAUUGAGCUUUUUUUAUUUAUUUUCUAAUGUUGGUUCUUCAUUUUCUUUAUUUUUUAUUGGUUCUUUUUUUCUUGAUGAGAAGUUAGAGAUGAUGUAUAGGUUAAUGUGUAAUAUUAGAGGUCCAUGUACUAUGAAAUAAUAACGUACAAUAUUAGUGUAGAAAAGAAGUAUUAUUAUUUUCACGAGUGAGAAGUUUGAGAAUGAUUAAUGUGAAUAAACAUAUGAUAUGAUC